AUGAUUUUGUUUUUUGUUUUUUCGUGUAUAUCAUCAGAGGCAUCGUACAUUGAUGGUUUCGUUAACUUCAAUUUUACGUUUACAGGAGAUCGUAAGUCAUUUUUCUCUAAUUUAUCCAUUCUAAUUUUAACAGUUGACAAUUCUUUGAUUGACCAAGUUGAAGUGCAGCCUUCAGGUUAUUGGAUUUCAGAUGCUAUACUUCCAAAUAGAGUAAAUAUUUCCAUUUUAUCCUCAGAUGGAAUAUAUUUCGCAGAAAAAUCAAAAAUCAUUUCAAGUUUGGAAAAUUCAUCAAUCAAUUUUUUAGUUACAGGCCUCGGAAUUAAAGGAUCUGUGCUUGUCUCAUCUGAUAAUGUUAAUAUGCCCAUUUCGGUACCUUUGAAACUCGAAAUUUAUCGAUAUAGUACUCAAACUCGAUUUAUUGUUGAUAUAAUAGCAGGCUCGUUUUCUAUUGAUAAUGUCAUACCCGAUUUAUACAGAUUUAACAUAUUAAACGUCAAGUUUAACGAAACAAAAAUUAAUCUAACCGAAAAACCAUUAAACGACAUCAAAUUGAUUAUUGAUACGUGGGAUCCACAUGGCAUUGUCAUAGUUCCUCCUAAUAUUUCUAUUUUUCCUCUGAAGUUGUCAGUUGAAUCCAAAAAUUAUUCAAGAGAAAUCAUUACAGACGAGUCAGGUAACUUCAUUCUUCGAAAAUUACGAAAGGGAAAUUACGAAAUAUCAUGUAAAAGUGAUCAAUUCAACAUUACAAAAGUCAACAUCACUGUUGGUGAAAUUGCUUUAACAGAACUGAUCAAAUUGCAUUACAUCGGGACAACUGUUCGUGGAACUAUCUCAUUCAAGCCAGGAAAACCAUGUAAUGGUGCUUUAAUCACAUUUGUUGAACGAAACAUUUCAGUUUUUUCUGAUUCAAAUGGUAAAUUCACUUUUUACAAUGUUAUGCCUAUAAACAAUGCGACAUUUGCAGCCGAAUACUAUCUUUGGGAAUUUGAGAUUCAAACAUUGACAUCUAUUACUUAUUUUCCACGUCGAGACAUCAUCUUCAGAGCUACACAUGGUCCAGUACAUGUUAAAUCAUCAUGUCUUGAAUACAACGUUUCUUUUAGUUCCAAACAACAUUUGAACAUUGAAACACACAAUGGAAGUAUUUCAUUUUCAGCACCAUUAAAAGAAUUAUCAAUGAUUAGUUUAUCAACUAAAUGCAACAUGAAGAAUGAUACAGCGAUCUUCAAAGCACCAUGUGAAUUAUAUUUCAGUCAAAUUUCAUCAAAAGUUUUUGGAUCUGUUUUAGUUUCAUUACGAAUUUCUAACAUGUCUAUUUCACUUAUAGGAAAGAAAAUUUAUAAAUGUCAAUGCAAUGAAAAAGGUCGUUUCUCAUUUGAAGAUGUAGAAUUUGGUGAAUACGAAAUUCAUUUAAUUCAUCCAAAUUCAGUUGUUUAUAACCAAUCAAUAUUUUUUGUUAAUGUUACAAGUGAUGAAAUCGAUGUUGGCGUUGUUGCUCAUUUUGCUCAUUAUGUGUUUAACAUUAAUUCAGAUCAUGAAGUCUCUAUUCUUGCUAGUCCAGAUGUUGUACAACAACUUAAACAAGGCAAUAAUUUAGUUAAAGUUAUUUACAAGGAAAUUCUUUCUGCUGAUUGUUUCAAUUUCGAAAAACCAAAGUUUCCUAAUAAAAUAUUUAUAAAUAAUAUAAGUGAAUAUUAUAAAUACAAUCUAAAGGUUACUGAAGCUGUCCGUAAAGUUGAAGUUAAAGGUGAUUUAAUGAUCCAUCAAACAAUCAUCAAAGUUAACAACAAACAGCUUAAAUAUCCAUAUAAAUUUAUACAAAGAUCAGAUCAAUCAGUAAAAGUGGAAUGCAUUGUUCAAAAACCAUUUGUUGUUGAUCAUCCUAAACUUUAUGUUCCUUUCCCAUCUCAUUGUGACGAAAUCAUUUCUUUCGACGUUUAUAGAAACAACGAAAUUGAUGGUAAAAUCAUUCCAGCAAUCAAGAAUGUAAAUGUCAGUGUCAUUUCAGAUGAUAAAGUUCUUUCAUGGAAUCUUACAGACAAAAAUGGUCGAUAUCAUUUUUCGAGACUUCCAACAUUGUCUAAAAUCAUCUUGAAAGCGGAGAAACGACGAUUUAAGUUUGUUCCACGUAAAAAUACAUUUGAUUUUGAUGGAUAUCGAUUAUUCAACAUUAAAUUGUCAUUUCCUUCUAUUGUCAAUGAUGGAAUUGUUUCUAUCUCUAAUUCAAAAGGUUUCCAUCAAAACAAGAAGAUCAGUAACAAUACAGUUAUCUUUUCAAACCUGACAGAAGGAGACUAUUUCGUCAAACCUAUAAUGAAAGAGUUUGAUUUCAAUCCAAACAUCAAAUCUUUUUCACUUUUCGAAAAUGAUGUGACAUUCGCAUUUGAAGCAUGUAAGAAUCGCUUUUCUAUCGCAGGUUUUGUCUUUGAAUCAAAUAGAAAACCUGUCAUUGGUAGAAAAGUUUUUGUGAAUAGAACAUAUGAAAGUCAAACAGACAACACAGGAAAAUUCACUUUUUCUAACUUGAAAUCACAACAAAACUAUGAAAUCACUUUUGAAAAUAGUGAAUCAGAAGUUGUUACACCAAAAUCACAGAUAGUUCUAUUACAACGAGAAAAUCAUGAUAACAUCAACUUCACUGUUAUCAAACGAAACGACAAAUAUGAUUUGUUUGGUGAAAUCUCUUCAACAGAUUACGAUUUAACAGAACUUUCAGUUUUUCUUAAAUGCAAUGGAAAAGUUAUUGAUGAUUUUUAUUUCAAAUCAUCAAUUCCACUGUUCUUUUUCAUUGGGUUGGAUAAACAUCAACCUAUUACACUUCAAAUUGUUCAUAAAAAUAUCAAUGGAAACAUCAAUGUUUGUUACGAAAAAACAAUGAAAAACAUUUCUUUUGUUAAUGCAUCAUGUUUCUUUAAUGAGAGAUCUUCAUUCGAAUCAGAAGAAUACAGUAGUUUUGAAUCCAGUUUAUGUGUUAUUAUAUUAUUUAUUAUAUUAUUUGUUUUGUAUAAUUUCAAAUUAUUUAGAAAAUAA